GUUGUACCUGACUCAACUGGUGGUGGCCCUGUUUAUUUUCUUCUCUCUCUCCGUGGGAUCGUACAGGGAGACGAGUUCUUUCUAGAUACACCAGACUCUUUUAAUGUGAGGAUCUUGUAGGCUCUAAGUGAACAGUGUAUAGGAAGGAUUACUUACGAACACUUGGUUCUAUUGUAUGUGAAUGUUGGUGCAAUUGUGUCAUCUAUUCGGUACAAAGAGUGUAGUCUUGUGUUUGGGAUCGUGGCUCUAAUUUCGACAUUUAUAGGUUCUAUUAAUUCAGUCUUGCGUAUUGCGAGUGAAGAAUCUUCAUUUUCCAUGGUGACAAUCUAGAAACACAAAAACUAUGAACUGAUCUUUUGGAUCUUGAAUGUCUUCGGUUAUAGCCAGUGUGUCUACAAAGAUCAACAUGCACGAUCCAAAACUCUCUGCAUCGGUUGCUCAUCAACAGCUGCUGCUGCCCGAGUCGAUAUUGGAUAAUGUCCCUGGACAUACCCUGCUGCGCCCACAUUAUCACAUGGCGAGUGACCACUUCGAGCACCAGAAGAUGUCCACUUUGCCCCUCGCACUGCCUUCCCACGAAGAUGUGUCUGAGAUGUCUGGUCACCUGUCUUUCCUCCACCGGAUGAAGGAACUUGGCGUUGGCAUGGAGAGUGCACGGAGUAGCGGAUCCAUCUUCACCGACCUCUCCACUCACUACAGCUACACAGACUUGCUCUAUGCCAGGGGCCUGUGCGGUGUUUUUCGUUCGGACUCGGGGCUUUUGCCCUUACACUUGUCAUCAUAUACGGACAGGUUCCUCGGUGGGUCUGUAUAUCAUAAUCGCACGUCAGCGCCUGGCGUCGUGAUCAAAGACUAUCCCGAGGCUGCCUCACUGCCUCUGCCAUCAGCAUCCUCCAGAAUAUCAGACGCUCUGUCCUUGUCGCCCCUCCAUGUGUCAACGACUUUGGCUUCAUCGUCGUCUCCAUCAUCGUCGCUGUCUUCCCCGUCCCCUCACCGCCAGUCCUCCGUCAGUCCAGACUCGUGUUCAGACAUUUACUCACAUCGGCGUCAGAAUGUUCCUUUCUCUGUGACUUGCCUGCCAUUGACUCUGUAUGAAGACCGCGUCCCGCCCAGUGAGAGGUGCUCCAGAUCCAUGAAUCUCGGACUCUCUCACCCUCACCCGUGGCAGACGCCGUCUUCCAUCAUAGCUUCAAGGCCGGUUCCACCACUGCUAAGUCUGUACGAACCUCGGGUCAGUUCUCUGGACACUCGCUCCUCUGUGGGCAGUUUUUUAGAACGUUAUAUUACCUCCUCGUCUUUGUUAGCCCCCAAUGUUCACAGACCUCUUCCAUUCAAAGAGUCCUCCUUUAACGGUGUUCACAAUCCCCUUUCGUCUGACACGCGGCGGUCAUCUCCAGGGAAAGAGCUCACCACAAAAACAUGGAAGCAAGAUCGUGUCAGGGAGCGCCAGGAAGUAUCUGCUGCCCUGGAUGCCGACAGGGAGCAUUCUGAGAGAUUAAGUCAUGUCAAAAAGUCGGCGAGCACUCAGACGCAAUGUUCAAGCUUCAGCUGUGAGAACCAACUGCCCCCCAUUUAUUAUUCCCAUGACACGAUAAGUCACGACAAACUCCGUACUGCAGCUCCCCUGCCCCCUUCAUACCCCCUCCCUCCACCGCCUUUGAUACAGUACUCUUCACAGUAUCCCCCUCCUCCGCCACUUCCCCUCCACCAUCCUGGACCAUCUUUGAUUACUCACUCCAACAGGCAUUUACUCUUGCAUCCAGAUUCAACAUCGGCGCCCUCUGCACUGCCGGCAAUGUUGUCGUCGCCUCCCAAGAUGCCACCUACCCUGCCACCCUAUCACAGCAAGACGCCGCCUCCUCAGUAUGGUGAGCACCUCGGAAGUCGCGUAGAUGUCCAGCACGCCCCUCUCAACCUGUCCUUAUCUAGCGCCCCAGUGAGCAAAGAAGGCAACAAAUUAUCCCCUAGUAAACGAGGCUCGCCAAUUAGAAACAUUGACAGAGAUCAGAAUGCGGCUUAUCAGAGUGUCCCUACCAAUCCUAAUGGCAGUCAUGAGCCCGGUACGCAAGAUGAAGCAAUAGAAGAACAUUUUCGCAGAUCUCUGGGCAAGUGUUACAAUGAACCCUCCCCACCUAAACAAAUGACAGUUCAUGUUUCAGAGAAAAUUUGUUCAGUAGAUGAUCACUUUGCCCGGGCACUGGGUGACCAAAUGUGGACUGAAAUCAAAGCAAGAUCUGAACCACAGAUUGACCCAGGUACGGUGGAUGCUCACUUCGCUAAAGCCCUUGGGGCAACAAUGUGGAAAAAGCUCAAAGCAGAAACUAAACUUGUGGAUGAACUCCAUUCCAGUAGCCAGACUCUGCAGCAUCCAACCUCACCUACAUCAUCUUUACAAACAUCUUUAGCCACAUGAAUGUAAUGAUAUUCACAUUAUUCAUUAUCCAGUGACUGAAAGACUUUUGGUAACAUCCAUAUUUGUAAGUUGAUUUGAACCUCAGUAUGACUUUGGAUGGAUGCACAAAUUAUGGACAGUGAAUCUACUGGCAUUCGUUCUACGCAGUGCACAUUCAUUCGUCAUUUCUUAGUAUUGGGAUAUGUAUAUCUAUUGUAUUAUAACAGUGUUAUAACAGCUAUACAGUGGUGAGAAAACAAUACAAUGAUGAAUAAACUUUAAAUUCACCAAACAUCAGUUUCAUUCACUGCUAUGUAAUACAGUGAUGCGAAAACUCUGACCUGGCAUCGAUGGCAGUUUCAUUUUUUUUUUGGUAUUCAUUAUCUGUGAUUGUGUCUUGUAGUGAAAACUCAGCAUUUUAGUAGCGUAAAAUUAAAAUAAAUGAAUUUUAAAGUUAACAAUUCAUAUAUUUCAAUGCACUGUACAGUAAUCAUUAACUUACACUCCAUACAAGCAUGCCAUGGUUUCCUUCUAGUUGAAUGAACAUCAGCUAGCACUUGUGUGUGAGCACAGCUACAUUUCACAAAAUCAUUCAUGAACACUCCCAAUGAGUAGCUGUAUGUCUUUAGUUUAUCCAGUUAGUUAGCAUUGACCCACAUUAGUCUCAUAUAUUGUAAAUAUACUUGUAUAUUGUAAAUUUCAGACUUUAGUUAAAAUAAUAGCAACAAAAAAAAUUUGUAGGUAUGUAAGUACAUUGUACAUAUGACUGGAUAACCAACUUGUCCUUGAGAGGCUUUCAAUAAUUUGCCCUACAUGAUUAUUUCUGCAGCGUGGCUUAGUAUAAAAUCCUUAAAAAAUAUAUUUUUUUUUCAAUUAUUGAUGCUUUAUAGCCAGCAAAUUAAGACUAAAUCUGUGCAUUAGUCAUUAAAACAAUAUAUAAAUUGUAAUAAUUCUUAAUUUGAACUAUAUGUCAUCUCAAGUUUUUUUCCCCACCAAGUUGGAAACAUCUUUUUUGUCACAUGACAUCCUGUUGGACCAAUAUAUAUAUAUAAUAAUUUGUAUUGAAAGUAUUUUUUCAAGUAUUAGUAAUCUUUUUUAUCACUAUGUAGCUGAUUUUUUCUUACCGGUACUAGAAUGUUUGAUGUGAUGAUUUGUGGUGAUAUUACAGUCUUGUUUGGCAAAUUUGUUGACUACAAGUCAGGCACAUAUUUCACAUAACAUAUUUCACAUACACUUACUGUUUCCUUUGUUUGUAGAUCAACAUUUUUUGUGGGUUUGAUUCAUUAAAAAUGUUUCAACAAAAUUUA